GUUUUCUGUAGAAGCCACAACCGCACAAAGCUCAUCCAAAACUGGAUGUUCUGGUUGCACAUUUGUUGGAGAGCUGACCAUGGAAACCAUGCUGGUCUGUGUCUGGCUGGUCAGUCUGAUUCACACGAUCUCAGGAUGUUCUCUGUCUGCACCCGAAGGAGUCACUGGGCACACACAAGGCUCCGUGCUCCUGCCUUGCUUCUGCACUGAUGGAGGGACAAUACUGAGAUCUGCCAGAUGGUUUUUUUUUCAAAGUUCCAGUAUCACACUUUGGUCACGUCGUCGAGUGGACGACCGCUACAAAGACCGGCGUUGAUUUCUGACUCCCCUGGAAACAUGUCUCUCCGUCUCUCAGAUCUCGGUCUGUCAGAUGAGGGAACAUACAGGUGUGAAAGUGAUGGACAGUUUAAAGACAUCACUCUCACAGUGAAAGUGUGUGUUUUCUCUGAUUCUGGAUCCAUACCCAUCACUGGAUUCACUGGACACUCAGUGGUUCUGCCCUGUGCCUGUACUGAUUUGCAGAAGAAACCUGAACAGAUCAAAUGGACUGCAGACCUAGGAAACCAAAACACUGUUAUAUUUCCACAAGGUCCUACCAGUGGCAAUGAUCGCUACAAACACAGAGUGCAGCUGGUGGACUCUGUCUCCCCUGGAAACCUGUCUCUCCGUCUCUCAGAUCUCACUCUGUCAGAUGGGGGAACAUACAGGUGUGAAGCAGAUAGACACUACAGAGACAUCACUCUCACAGUAAAAGAAUCUGUGCCUAAAACCACUGUGACUAAAAACCAACCACCAACCAAGACUACAACUACAACUAAACCAGCAUCCUCACAUGAAAAUAAGACACCCACUGGAAAGGAGGAGGCCACUGAAGAUCCGAAAAUCAACACCUUGUUUGUGGCCAUUGCUGUUGCUGCGAUGGUCACAUUGUUCACAGUGUGUUGGGCUGUGUGUUACUGCAGAGUUAGAGGCAGGAGAAGUGCAGGUGUUGAGUCUAGAGGGCCAAACGAGAACAGGGCCAAGGAGCAGGAGGAGGACCCUGAUUCAGUGACAUAUUCUACCGUCAUCCACAGAGAAAAAGACAAAAACACAAAGAGCCAAAAUCAAACUCCUGCUGAAGACUCUACAGAAUAUGCUGCUAUUAAAUUUCAUACUUAAUUUAAUGAAUGGCAUAGUCAUGGAAAUAUACACACAUACACACACACUCACACACACACACACCAUGGAUAGGUACACACGGACAUCGGUAGUAAAUAGGUUUGCCGCAAAAAGAUACUUUUAUGUGAAACCACUCCUUACUGUUGUGUAAACCAUGCAGCGUUUGUGACUUGUGUUAGACACACAUGGGUCUGGGGAUAUAGAGUCAUUUUACAUUCAGCUUUUUAUUUUUGAUUAAGCACAGCUAGUGAACCCACGAGUUCAGCAUUAUAGGUGAGCCAAUGUUUAAGCAGGUGUGUCACCAGUUUUUGGAAAAAUUUGGGCGGUGACUCUGCUGUCCUGACGUAGUGGGCAGUUCGCUCCAUCACUGGGGGGGUGGUACAGCAGCCAUGCUCAUUGUGAGCCGCGACGUCGGUGGCUCGAAUCCGACCGUCAGACAUUUGUCGCAUGUCUUUCCCUCUCUCUCUCGCUCCCAUUCUUCCUGUCUCUCUAUACAAUACUGUCCAAUAAAGCUGAAA